AUGAUGAUGAUGAUGAUGAUGGUGUUGAUGGUGCUGAUGAAAGUGAUUGUGAUAGUAAUGAUGGUGGUGAUGAAGAUGAUGAUGAUGGAGUGGAAUGUCACAUGGUACACCAGCAAUCCUGACUUCACCAAGUGCUUUCAGAACACCAUCCUCGUGUGGGUGCCUUGCUUUUACCUCUGGGUCAUCUUUCCCUUCUACUACUUCUAUCUCUCCCACCAUGAUCGGGGCUACAUUCAGAUGACACAUCUCAACAAAGCCAAAACUGCCUUGGGGUUUUUGCUGUGGAUUGUCUGCUGGGCAGACCUCUUCUACUCUUUCUGGGAAAGAAGUUGGGGCAAGUUUCCAGCCCCGAUAUUUCUGGUCAGCCCGACCUUCUUGGGCAUCACCAUGCUGCUUGCUACCUUCUUAAUUCAGCUCGAGAGAAGGAAGGGAAUCCAGUCCUCAGGGAUCAUGCUCAUAUUCUGGCUUGUAGCCCUACUGUGUGCCCUUGUCAUCUUGAGAUCCAAAAUCAUGACUGCCUUAAAAGAGGACGCCGAAGUCGAUGUGUUUCGUGAUGUCACUUUCUACAUUUACUUCUCUCUCGUGCUGAUUCAGCUCAUCUUGUCCUGUUUCUCAGACCGCUCACCCCUAUUCUCUGAAACCAUCAAUGACCCCAAUCCUUGCCCAGAAUCUGGAGCAUCCUUCCUCUCCAGGAUCACCUUCUGGUGGAUCACAGGGUUGAUGGUCCAGGGCUACCGCCACCCCCUGGAGAGCACUGACCUCUGGUCCCUGAAUAAGGAGGACAUGUCAGAACAAGUUGUGCCCGUUUUAGUGAAGAACUGGAAGAAGGAAUGUGCCAAAUCCAGAAAGCAGCUGGUGAAGAUCGUGUACUCCUCCAAGGAUCCUGCCAAGCCCAAAGCGAGCUCCAAGGUGGAUGUGAAUGAGGAGGCCGAGGCUCUGAUCGUCAGGUCCCCGCAGAAGGAGCGGGAGCCAUCCCUGUUCAAGGUGCUCUACAAGACCUUCGGGCCCUACUUUCUCAUGAGCUUCGUUUUCAAGGCCCUGCACGACCUCAUGAUGUUUACUGGCCCAGAGAUCUUGAAAUUGCUCAUCAACUUUGUGAAUGACAAGGAGGCCCCGAGCUGGCAUGGCUACUUCUACACUGCGCUCCUGUUCGUCAGCUCCUGCCUCCAGACCCUUAUGCUGCACCAGUACUUCCACAUCUGCUUCGUCAGCGGCAUGAGGAUCAAGUCUGCCGUCAUUGGUGCCGUCUACCGGAAGGCCCUAGUGAUCACCAAUGCUGCCAGAAAAUCUUCCACGGUUGGAGAGAUCGUCAACCUCAUGUCUGUGGACGCCCAGAGGUUCAUGGACCUGACCACAUACAUUAACAUGAUCUGGUCAGCCCCUCUGCAAGUCAUCCUUGCGCUCUACCUUCUGUGGCUGAACCUGGGCCCCCCUGUCCUGGCUGGCGUGGCUGUGAUGAUCUUCAUGGUUCCCCUCAAUGCUGUGAUGGCCAUGAAGACCAAGACCUAUCAGGUAGCCCACAUGAAGAGCAAAGACAGCCGGAUUAAGCUGAUGAAUGAAAUUCUCAACGGGAUCAAAGUGCUAAAGCUUUAUGCCUGGGAGCUGGCAUUCAAAGACAAGGUGCUGGCCAUCCGGCAGGAGGAGCUGAAGGUGCUGAAAAAAUCUGCCUACCUGGCCGCAGUGGGAACCUUCACCUGGGUCUGCACACCGUUCCUGGUGGCCCUGUCUACAUUUGCCGUCUUUGUGACCACCAAGGAGGACAACAUCCUGGACGCCCAGAAAGCCUUUGUGUCCUUGGCCUUGUUCAACAUCCUUCGCUUCCCCCUGAACAUUCUCCCCAUGGUCAUCAGCAGCAUCGUGCAGGCAAGUGUCUCCCUCAAACGCCUCAGGAUCUUUCUGUCCCACGAGGAGCUGGAGACCGACAGCAUCGAGCGAAGGCCCAUCAAAGAUGGCGGGAGCUCAAACAGCAUCACUGUGCAGAACGCCACCUUCACGUGGGCCAGGAGUGAACCCCCCACACUGAAUGGCAUCACCUUCUCCGUUCCAGAAGGAUCCUUGGUAGCCGUGGUGGGCCAGGUGGGCUGUGGAAAGUCGUCUCUGCUCUCAGCGCUCUUGGCCGAGAUGGACAAGGUGGAGGGGCACGUGGCUCUCAAGGGCUCAGUGGCCUAUGUCCCCCAGCAGGCAUGGAUUCAGAAUGAUUCUCUCCGAGAAAACAUCCUUUUUGGACGCCAGCUACAGGAACAGUUUUAUAAGGCUGUGAUAGAAGGCUGUGCCCUCCUCCCAGAUCUGGAAAUUCUGCCCAGCGGGGACCGGACAGAGAUUGGUGAGAAGGGCGUGAACCUGUCAGGGGGCCAGAAGCAGCGCGUAAGCCUGGCCCGGGCUGUGUACUGUGACUCCGACAUCUACUUCUUCGACGACCCCCUAUCGGCAGUGGAUUCCCACGUGGGAAAACACAUAUUUGAAAAUGUGAUCGGCCCCAAGGGGAUGCUGAAGAACAAGACUCGGCUCCUGGUCACGCAUGGCAUCAGCUACCUGCCGCAGGUGGAUGUCAUCAUCGUCAUGAGUGGCGGCAAGAUCUCUGAGAUGGGCUCCUACCAGGAGCUACUGGCCCGGGAUGGGGCCUUCGCUGAGUUCCUGCGCACGUACUCCAGCACCGAGCAGGAACAGACGGAGCAGGACGACGGAUUAGCAGGCAUGAGCGGUCCAGGGAAAGAGACGAAGCAAAUGGAGAAUGGCAUGGUGGUGAUGGAUGCUGCAAGGAAGCAAGUGCAGAGGCAGCUCAGCAACUCCUCCUCCUACAGCGGGGAUGUCAGCCGGCACCGCAACAGCACUGCCGAGCUGCAGAAGGCCGGGGCCAAGGAGGAGGAGACCUGGAAGAUGAUGGAGGCAGACAAGGCCCAAACGGGGCAGGUCAAGCUGUCCGUGUACUGGGACUACAUGAAGGCCAUUGGACUUUUUAUCUCCUUUCUGAGCAUCUUCCUUUUCUUGUGUAACCACGUUGCCGCCCUGGCCUCCAACUAUUGGCUCAGCCUCUGGACUGAUGACCCCGUCAUCAACGGGACCCAGAAGCACACAAAAGUCCGGCUGAGCGUCUAUGGAGCCCUGGGCAUCUCACAAGGUAUCGCAGUGUUUGGCUACUCCAUGGCAGUGUCCAUCGGAGGCAUCUUUGCCUCCCGCCGCCUACAUCUGGACCUGCUGCAUAAUGUCCUGUGGUCACCCAUGAGCUUCUUCGAUCGGACGCCCAGUGGGAACCUGGUGAACCGCUUCUCUAAGGAGAUGGACACGGUGGACUCCAUGAUUCCGCAGGUGAUCAAAAUGUUCAUGGGCUCCCUGUUCAACGUCAUUGGCGCCUGUAUCAUCAUCCUGCUGGCCACGCCCGUCGCCGCUGUCGUCAUCCCACCCCUGGGCCUCAUCUACUUCUUUGUCCAGAGGUUCUACGUGGCCUCCUCCCGGCAGCUGAAGCGCCUGGAAUCCGUCAGCCGCUCCCCGGUUUACUCCCACUUCAACGAGACCUUGCUGGGGGUCAGUGUCAUCCGGGCCUUUGCAGAACAGGAUCGCUUCAUCCGCCAGAGCGACCUGAAGGUAGACGAGAACCAGAAGGCCUAUUACCCCAGCAUCGUGGCCAACAGGUGGCUGGCUGUGCGGCUGGAGUGUGUGGGCAACUGCAUUGUCCUAUGUGCAGCCCUGUUUGCAGUGAUCUCCCGGGACAGCCUCAGCGCUGGCCUGGUGGGCCUCUCAGUGUCUUACUCAUUGCAGGUCACCACUUACUUGAACUGGCUUGUUCGGAUGUCGUCGGAGAUGGAGACCAACAUUGUGGCUGUGGAAAGACUCAAGGAAUAUUCAGAAACUGAGAAGGAGGCUCCCUGGCGAAUCGAGGAGAUGGCUCCGUCCAGCUCCUGGCCCCAGGUGGGCCGGGUGGAGUUCCGGGACUACAGUCUGCGUUACCGAGAGGACCUGGACUUGGUUCUCAAGCACAUCAACAUCACCAUCGAUGGAGGGGAAAAGGUUGGCAUCGUGGGGCGGACAGGAGCUGGGAAGUCCUCCCUGACCCUGGGCUUGUUUCGGAUCAAGGAGUGUGCCGAGGGAGAGAUCAUCAUCGACAACGUCAACAUCGCCAAGAUCGGCCUGCACGAUCUCCGCUUCAAGAUCACCAUCAUCCCCCAGGACCCCGUUUUGUUUUCGGGUUCUCUCCGCAUGAACCUGGACCCAUUCAGCCAGUACUCGGAUGAAGAGGUCUGGACGUCACUGGAGCUGGCUCACCUGAAGAACUUUGUGUCAGCCCUCCCUGACAAGCUGAAUCAUGAGUGUGCAGAAGGCGGGGAGAACCUGAGUGUUGGGCAGCGCCAGCUUGUUUGCCUGGCCCGAGCCCUGCUGAGGAAGACGAAGAUCCUUGUGCUGGAUGAGGCCACGGCGGCCGUGGACCUGGAAACAGAUGAUCUCAUUCAGUCCACCAUCCGGACGCAAUUUGACGAUUGUACAGUCCUCACCAUCGCUCACCGUCUCAACACCAUCAUGGACUACACAAGGGUGAUCGUCCUGGACAGAGGAGAAAUCCGAGAAUGUGGCCCCCCCUCUGAGCUCCUGCAGCAGAGAGGCCUGUUCUACAGCAUGGCCAGAGAUGCUGGCCUGGUGUAAGCCCUGGAGCUGGUGCAUCUGGUUUGACCUGCAGGGAUCACAGACUAGUGUCCCAGGAUGAGUCAGCCUCUUUGGGAACCCAAGCCUCCCAUGUACUGAAACCAAAAAAGAAAAAUACCAAACCCAACAAAGCAAAACACACACAAAGGCGCCAUCACCUGGUCCGCUGCCUGGAAUUGGCUAUGCAGAAACAGGAGAGACACAGAUGCAGCACACCAAAGCCAUGCACACCCUUGCCUCUGCUACCCACACAGGAUGCACAGGCGUCCCACACCCCUGGUUGCGUCUGCUCGUGCUCUUGGUGCUCUGCAGGGAAGCUUGGCACCCAAACUUCUCGAGAAAUUGGUUGCGUAAAAUAUGCUAGUGACCAAAUCCAGCCAACUGCCUCAAAUCUCUUUAGCCAAAGUUUGGAAUUCCAACUCUUUGGCCCCCGGCUGCUGGGCCAGCACCUCUAACAACAUCCUUGUCUGGCUCCACCCAGAAUGAUUCGUUUACUUGGGGCUGUAAUUUGGAGGUGAGGGGCCUGGUGAAGAUCAUCUUCACCCUUGGGCAGUGUCCUGAAGGUCCUCUUACUAAUCAUCCGGUCUUCCAGGCACUCUGACCCUGGGAGCCAACGUCCCAGCACUGCCUGCACCCAGAGGCAGCUUUGUCACCUGCACACUUCUUAGUGACAAGACUUGGUUGGACUUACAGGGGACCUGGACCUGGAACUCCAGGUCUGGGGGAUCCUCUCUCAAUGCCGACUUCCCAAACUGGUUGCUCACCUCCUUACCAGUCUGGUUUUGUCUUUGCUUUUCCUCCUGCCUCUUUUUGCCCAUUGCUAGAAUGGAUUACCUCUAGGUACCUGGAAGAGGUCUGCACAUGGUUAGGAGGCACUCAAAGCCAAGAGCACUGGGCACCUCCAAGUAUGGCCAGUUGGUACUGAAAAGAGCUCUGUUGAGUCUCCUCGUUUUUAGAUUCCAGUUUCUCACCCUUGGCCUCUGGUUAGCUGUCAAAGGUGGCAGUGUGGAGAACUUGACAUUUAGUUCUGAGCAUCUUCCAGGACAAGAGAAGAACCCAUUCAUGAAUAUCAGUGAUUUCUUUUCCUUUUUUUCUUUUUUUUUUUUAAGUACUGCUUGCAGGAGAAAAACUCUCUCAACUUGAAUUUCUUGGGAGGGCGUGUUGGGCUGGGGAGCAGCACUCCCAGGGAAUAGCCAAGGUGGCCCGGCGUCUUGACAGUGGGUCUGCGUGUUCUUGGAAGAAGACAGCAGAGUGGAGACCUUUAGGUCUCGCAAUUGGAGACCAAAGGAAGACCCAAAAAGCGGAAAGGUCACUGCUGCCCCAAGAUUCAUACUUGCUGACUUCAAACCCAGAGAAGCAUCUUUCUUCCUCUUGGUGGAAAUAUAUAUUUAUUUUUUGUAAGUUAUACCAUUCUUUCACAUUAGAUAAACCAAGUUUUUCUUGGGGAUCAUUUUGUAAUGACUUACACUGGAAAUGAGAACAUUUACAAGCAAUUUGCAGUAAAAAAUAUUUUAUUUCUUUCUAAA